CACCAUCAUCACGCGGCUAUCAACGCGGUUUUAGCAUCUUAAAUCUUAACCAAUCACAGCUCAAACCUCCUCAUCCACCGUUCAUUCCAUAUCAAUAAUCCAUCCGAAUCUCAACCGAUCUCCAUAUCAACGGCUAUGAUCUCUCUCAUCUUAAAGAUCACCCCGAAGCGUAAUGCCUAACAGAAUCACCCCGCCUCAUCCGCCGUACCCCACGCUCCCUUAUAUAAACCCUUUCCCACCUCUUCUCCAACAACCUUUGCUCCUCGCGAUCCCGAUCCGAUGGGAAUCAUCCGCUCUCUUCUCCGCCAUCGCCGGAGCUCCAAAUCCAAGGCCGCCUCUCCUUCUUCUCCUUCCUCCCCCUCAACCAACCGCCCUGCUGGCAGCGACCUCGAGCUCGUCUUCAGAAAGUUUGACUCCAACGGCGAUGGCCAGAUCUCAACCCCGGAACUCGCUAACAUCCUUGAAUCGCUCGGUCAGAAGGCUUCUGAAGAAGAGCUCUCCCGUAUGAUGGCCGUCGCCGAUGCCGAUGGAGAUGGGUUUAUUAGCCUAAACGAGUUCCUCGACCUGAUGGCCGCUGAUGAUGCCUCCGCCCUGGAGGACCUCCGCCACGCCUUUGCCGUCUUUGAUACCGAUCGCAGUGGGUCGAUCUCGGCUGAGGAGCUGGCCACGGUGUUGAGGAGCCUUGGUGAGGGCGCGUCGGUAGCGCAAUGCCGGAGGAUGAUUGAUAGCGUUGAUCGUGACGGCGAUGGCAUGGUGAGCUUUGAAGAGUUCAGGAUUAUGAUGACUUCUCGCUCGGCCUCUCUCACCGCCUCACACAAGAUCUGAAGGUCCUUUCCCACGCUUUCCUUUUCUUUCGAUCUUCUUUUUCUUCUUCGAUCUUUCUAGCAAGAAGAAUGGAAUUCAUCAAGGUGUAAAUAGGGUUUACCUUUUCUUGAUACGAUGGGAUCGAGAUCGGAGUCUUUUCAAAUCGAAUUCGUUUCGUUUGUUGGGA